AUGGAUUUGUUCAAGGCUGCUGACUUCUAUGUAAACAGAAUAGUGGAUUCUCAAUAUCGAGUUGGUGGUAUUGCCAGCGUCACGGAAAAGAGUAGAAUAAAGGCGUUGCUUUUAGAUAAGGAUACCACCACAACAAUUUCGAUGUGCGCCACGCAAAGUGAACUUUUGAGUCAUGAGAUUUAUCUGGUAGAUACUAUAGAGAAUGAAAAUAGGGAUGUUAUGAGACAUUUAAGAUGUUUAGUUUACGUGAAGCCUACAGAGGAGACGAUUCAGUCUCUAUUAAGAGAAUUACAAAAUCCGAAAUAUGGGGAUUAUCAAAUCUUUUUCAACAACAGCGUAACAAAAUCGCAAUUGGAAAGGUUAGCGGAAUCAGACGACCUGGAAGUCGUUUCUAAAAUUGAAGAGGUUUUUCAAGAUUACCAUAUUCUAAAUGAGGAUUUUUUCUCCUUGGACAUGCCAGCCGAAAACCUAUUCACACGGCAAGGUAUAUGGGAUGAAGUCGGACUCGCGGAAUGCACAAAAUGUGUAAAAUCACUGCUUCUAUCGUUAAAGAUCAAGCCAGAAAUCAGGUACGAAUCUGAUAGUAAAUUAUGCCAAAAAUUGGCGAAAGAGCUGGUAUAUGAAAUCGAUCAAAACGAAAAAGUACUAUUCGACUUUCCAUUGAUGGAUUCACCACCUCUUUUAGUGCUUUUAGAUAGAAAAAGCGACCCUCUAACCCCACUCCUCCAACCUUGGACGUAUCAGUCAAUGUUGAACGAAUAUAUUGGUGUGAAAAGAAACCUUGUUGACCUUUCAAAUAUACCAGGCAUUGAUGAGAAUUUGAAAAAAGUGUCCUUAUCCCCAAAGCAAGAUAGUUUUUUCCAUGAUACCAUGUUUUUGAAUUUUGGUGAACUUGGUGAUAAAGUUAAGCAGUACGUUACAAACUAUAAGAACAACACACAUUCAAACAGCAAGAUUGAUACUAUUGAAGACAUAAAAACCUUCAUUGAAAAGUAUCCUGAGUUUAGAAAACUAUCAGGUAAUGUUGCAAAACACAUGGCAAUCGUGGGAGAACUGGAUAGACAAUUACAGUUAAAGGAUAUUUGGCAGUUAAGUGAAGUUGAACAAAACAUUGCUGUUCAUAAGAAUAACCAGGAAGAUUACCAAGACAUGAUAAAGCUUUUACAAAGCCCGAAACUGGAAAACUUUUAUAAGCUGAAAUUAGCUUGUAUCUACUCUCUGAAGCAUGAAGAUAAUAGCACUAAAAUGAACGAAGUUGUCCAAGCUCUAAAAGAGCAGCCAUCUUUUCCGGCAAAUGAUAUAAAUUUUCUACACAAGUUCAGGGAAACCGUUGCAAAGUAUCAUAAAGGUAGUGAUGCAAACCGCUAUCCAGACAAGGAUGACUUACUAAGUGAAUUGGCUAAAAAAUUUAACAGUAGAAUGGGUUCGAAGAGUAAUGCUGACACAGAUAAUGUUUAUAUGCAACAUAUUCCUGAAAUAUCCACUCUGUUAACAGACUUUUCGAAGAAUAAAAUGUCGAAAGGAAAAUUGAAAACCAUAAAUAGUAGCGACUUUACAAAUAACAACUUACCAAAUGCUCCUUCGGUACCCCCACAGGAUAUCGUUUUAUUUGUAAUCGGGGGAGUAACGUUUGAGGAGGCCAGAUUUGUACAUCAAUUUAAUGAAACAAUGAGGAAUAAGAUGAGAGUAAUACUCGGCGGGACCUCUGUUAUCUCUACAAAAGGAUAUAUAGAUGAACUUCGAAAUAUGUAA